AUGAUGCUUGCGAUGAUUUCAGUAUGCGAGUACUUCGUGCACACGGAGUGCCAGGACUUUGCCGUGGCAGAUUGCAAGGAGAACGCCACGUAUUUACCUGGGAAGGACUUGGCGCAGGUAAAACACACUCAUCACUGGCGAGAAGGUAAUCUUCCCAGCAGUUCGAAAUGCGCUGUCUGCAAGAAAAAUUGUUUUUCUGCCGAGUGCCUUUCCGGGUUUCGUUGCGAGUGGUGCGGCAUGACGUUGCACUCUUAUUGUUAUAAAAAUAUUCCACAAGAAUGCACCUUUGGAAACUUGGAACCAAUCUACUUACCACCGCAUGCAGUCAGCAUUCCACGUACGGAAGUUCCCAUGGAGGCCAUCAUCGGUGUCCAAGUGCGUCGCAAAGAGGUUUUGGCGCGUGAGUAUUCCUGCCGUAAGUGUCUAUUGUACAAAUAUACGUUUCGAAUAUCGAUUAGGGAAUGUGUAACACGUGACCGGAUGAUAGACGGAAGUAGUGGAAUGAAGUUAUGUUCACGUACGUGUACUGUAAAUAUGCCUAUCAUAUCUAUACAUAUGUAUCUCUUGAAUUGAUAUUAUCGAUACCCUGUCGAUUUCU